AUGGAGCCCCCCAACGCCUUCCCGCAGCUGCAGCUCUGGUGCCCGCGGCCCUUCGGCACCUUCUCGCAGAACAAGCCAUGCCCGUCCCCCGCCGCCUGCCAUCGCCGGUGCCACCCCCGGUGCCCCCCCGGUGCCCCCCGGGCUGCCGCCCCUCCGAGAACACGCCCCCGGAGCCCCCCCGAGCCCGGCCCCGCCGGUGCCGCCGGCGCCGCCACCACCGAGGACGGGCGGGUGCUGCUGGACACGUGGUACGUCAUCAAACCGGGCAACACCAAGGAGAAGGUGGCGUUCUUCGUGGCGCACCAGUGCGGCGGCGCCGCCAGGCACCGCCGGCACGCCGGCCGCGCCAGCACCAUGAAGGUCAAGGGCAACUGGGGCAGCGACAGCUCCAAGGCCAAGCGGCGCCGGCGCUGCCACCACGAGCCCAAAAGGCCGGGGGACAGCGCGGACCUGCUGUCGGUGGCGGAGAUAGUGGCGCUGGUGGAGCGGCGCGCGGCGCUGGCCCUGCAGAGCCUGCCCCGCUCCUCCGCCUGCGACGCGCCGGCCCCGCUGGUGCUGCUGGAGGCGCCGGGCGGCCCCGAGUGCCGGCGCGUGGCGGCCGCCGUGGCGCAGUUCGAGUCCCAGAAAUCCCAAAAACCAGCGCCGCGGGGAGCGCUGGCGGCGCCGCCAGACCCAACGGCGUGUGCCGGGGCGGCGCCGGAGGCGGCGGCGGCGGCGCCGGGACGGACGGGGGGCAGGCGGCGGCGCCACGGCUGCCAGCGGGCGGCGCGGCGGGGCCGGGCGAGCGCGGAGCGGCAGAAGGACCAGAUCACCUGCGACCUGUACCGGCUGGUGAGCCCGGCGCGGCUGCUGCUGGCCGCCAAGGGGGACAAGGACGGCGCCGACGAGGCGGCCGCGGCGGAACAGAGCGGGCGGCGGCGGCGGCGCCGAGGGGUCCGGCGGCGCCCGCGGGACCGCGCGUCCGGCUUCCACGUGGACGUGGUCGUGACGGGCGUGGUGGACCAGUGCGUGUUCUUCGGCAAGGACAGCGCCAAGCAGGUGACGGAGGAGACGGUCAGGCUGCCCGAGGAGCCGCCGCCGCCGGGACAGCUCUUCCUGCUGCCCGAGGAACCGGCGACGGCCGCGGCGGCGGCGUCGUCGUCAUCACCGGGCAAGGACGGCGGCGCCGGCGACCCGGCGCUGUGCCGGCUGUACCGGCACGUGUCCCACGACUUCCUGGAGAUCCGCUUCAAGAUCCAGCGUCUGCUGGAGCCGCGGCAGUACAUGCUGCUGCUGCCCGAGCACGUGAUGGUGAAGAUCUUCAGCUACCUGCCCACGCAGGCGCUGGCCGCCCUCAAGUGCUCCUGCCACUACUUCAAGUCCAUCAUCGAGACGUUCGGCGUGCGGGCGGCCGACUCGCGCUGGAACCGGGACCCGCUCUACCGCGACGACCCGUGCAAGCAGUGCAAGAAGCGCUACGAGCGCGGGGACGUGUCGCUGUGCCGCUGGCACCCCAAGCCCUACCACCACGACCUGCCCUACGGUCGCUCGUACUGGAUGUGCUGCCGCCGCACCGACCGCGAGGCGCCGGGCUGCCGCACCGGCCUGCACGACAACAACUGGGUGCACCCGGCCGGCGGCUGGCGGCGGCGGCGGCGGCGCGCGCAGGGACGAGGGCAGGUGAGGGCGGCACGGACGACGGACGGACGGACGCGGCGGACACGGACGCGCGGACGGCUCGCGGGGCGGCAAAAGCGCCGCCGCGGAAACUGCGAUUCGGCCUCCAAAACUGCAGAGAACAAUUUCUCACAGCCCGCAGCUGCCAACACCAAGAACUCCGGCUGCCCUCGGAGAGCCACGUGCCUCCCGUGCACCGACGUUGACGCGCAGCAGGGGUGA